AUGUUUGAGAUUUUUCCUCGAAAUGUCACCGAGUUGCUCAGGGCCGAGUUCGCUCCAGCCUCCUCCAUACAAACGAAACCGGACUUGAUACACGGAUUACCGGAUGGCUUGUUAUCUCUGGCCGCACCCGUGAUUGCAUACUGGAUCUUCUCCACAUUUUUCCACCUGGUCGAUCUUUACGAGCUUGCGGAGAAGUAUCGGAUUCACCCGAGCGAAGAGGUGUUAUCGAGAAACACGGUUUCGCAGGCCGAAGUAAUCCACGACGUGAUCGUCCAGCAUAUUGUUCAAACCACAGUUGGCUACGUUUUCUUCCUGUUGGAUCCAACCCCUAUGACAGGCUUUGAGCUGCGCGAAAUGUGGGAAUUGCAGCAUCGUUUUCCGUCCGUACCAGCGAAGGUGAUAUAUCUCGUGUAUACUUACGGAUUCUCUUUGAUAAAGAUCGUGUGCGCUUUUGUGGUUAUCGACACGUGGCAAUUCUUCCUUCACAGGCUCAUGCACUUGAAUAAAACUCUUUAUCGGAGGUUUCACUCAAGGCACCACAAGCUGUAUGUGCCCUACGCGUUUGGGGCUCUGUUCAAUGAUCCGGUCGAGGGAUUUUUAUUGGAUACUCUCGGGGCCGGACUGGCCGGAAUUUUGAUGCGUCUGACCCCUCGUGAAACCAUAAUUCUUUUCACUUUCUCCACAAUGAAGACCGUGGAUGAUCAUUGUGGCUAUGCGCUGCCUUAUGACCCAUUCCAGUGGCUCUUUCCCAACAACUCGAUGUACCAUGAUAUCCAUCACCAGCACUUUGGGAUCAAAUCCAACUUUUCGCAGCCUUUCUUCACAUUUUGGGAUAAAUUUUUCAAGACCGACUUCAAGGAGAUCGACAAGUACAGAGACGAGCAGCGGCGCAUCACGUUGGAAAAGUACCAUGAGUACUUGCAGGAUCGCAAGAAUCGGAGAGUAAAAGCCAGUGUCAAGAAGGAGAAAGCAGUAUAUUCAGGUAGCGAGGAUGAGCCUGAGGAUGCAAAAACAAAAUGA